UCUAAAAGCCGCUUAUGUGUCGUCAAAGACAACAAAUAUUUUCUGUUUUGCAGAGACUUUUGGGUCCCCAUAACCUAGACACCCUUUGGGAAACGUUAGCAUGCAAUAUUUUGAGAAAACUAUACUCUAGAGAUAAUUGUGUUUGUACUCCAAAAACACAACUGAGCCUCCGGGGCCAAAGGGAACUAAUGUUGUAACAACUUAUGCAAAUGAAAGGAGUCACCCUCCCCUAGGACUUAAUUCUCUCUGGAUCAAAAGGUAUCCAUGCCGGUCCAUUGGUGUGGAAGAGACUGAUUGUGGUACAACAUGCUGUAAAGAGGCAUCAUGUUGCGGUACAGUGUCAAAAAGAGUGCUAAGGAGAAAUUCAUAUUUGACCCUACUCAGCAAUGGUUGUCUGACAUCCGCUGGUCAACAGAAACAGAAUGUAUGAGUGUUCUACAGGGAAAGUCUCUCCUCACAGAGAUGGACAAGUACAGCCUUAAUGCCGCUGUUGUUAAAAAUGGAAUUGACACAAUACGGGACGAUUCUCAUCACAUCAGCAAUGAGUUCACUAAAUUAUUCAAGUAUGUAGAAGCUGAGAAGUGGUCAGCUGUACGGUCAUUGGUAAUUCAACUCACCUGUCACAUCAGGUCCCUCAUCCAGGAGUGUAACUUGUCCUUGCCUGACCCACCCUCGUAUAUACUAGAGCAACAAGAAACAGUGAUGGGUGAAUGUGCGAAGUUGGCUCAGCAGGUUGACAGAAAAAGUAGUACUUCAAAGGAUGACCGGACACCACCUAAAAUUCCAGUCACUAACCAACUGACAUUCCUAGGUCAAGCAUUUAGUCGCCUGGUAGACCUUGCCCUUGGACAUUUAUUACAGAAGGUGGUGGAGACCCUUGACGAGGCCAAUAAUCCUGUGACAUUGUCCAGUGCACUCGGGACAGUGGUCAGUCUAGGGCUGGAAGGAGAACACAUGUGCUAUAUCUUUGCUAGGGAGGGAGGUGUGAGGGCAUUACUGGACAUCUGUCGGACAGAAUCUUUGAGCUUCAUACAUCCACAGACCCUGAGAGCCCUAGCCACCAUCUGUUGUGUAGCAGAGGGAAUAUUUGAAAUAGAAAAGGAGGGAGGUGUGGAGUGUCUAAUGGACAUCUUAUGUGACUAUUCUGGUGGUGAGAAGGUACGAGGCGAGGUGGCAGGGGUACUGGCACAAGUUACUUCCCCUUGUCUUGAAAACUUCCAGCAGUUGUCGGGCCUGGUAGAAAACUUGGAUGAAAUUUUACGGGCAUUGAUCGGUUUAUGUGCCAACACUCUUUCCCAUGAAGUAUUUCUGUUGGCAUCGGCAGCUAUUGCAAACAUCACGUUUAUGGACAGCAUGGCAUGUGAUAUUCUGCUCAAGUAUGAUGCCCCGCGUGUUCUCAUCCAGUCAUGCGGUACCAGUGUGGCACAGUCUCUCUUCGCGAAGGACCAGGUGGCAACAGUCCUAGCCAAUAUGGUUGCUGUUGACAACUGUAGACAGUGCAUUAUAAAUAGUGGUGGCCUUGACCUUUGCCUACAGUUGCUACAGGAACGACCUUUGACCUACAAAUCUUCAGCAGAGAUUGCUGCCUGUGAAAGGGUUCAGCAGAAGUCAGCCAUUGCCCUGGCCAGACUCUGUAGAGAAGAAGAGAUUGCCCAAAUUAUUGUAGAAAUGGAAGGUAUACCCCGCCUGGUGGAGCUUUGUAGGAAUAAAGGGGAAAGAAACAACAGUGAUGCAGUAUUAGUGGCCUGUCUGGCUGCCCUUAGGAAGGUGAGUGCUCUAUACAAAACAGAAAAUAUCAUUGAUAUUGAUUUUAAACAACUGAUUCAGCCACGGCUCAUGGAUUCUUUUCUCAUAUGUACAAAUACUGAUGAGAACUUUGUAUGACAGCUGGCAAUUGGUGAAUCACCCUCGCUUACAAUGAUAUUUCUUGCAGUAUUCAGAAUUGCUGACUGACACCUGUGUAUGGCUACUGUGUUUACAGGGCAUGAUGGAAAUGGUCUUAUAUGGAUACUGGAUACAUAGUUUAUAUGAACAUGUUCAAAUAUCAGAUUCAGUAUCAGGUUUGUAAUAAAAACUAAGGCAUGCAUUUGCAGAAAUGAAAAUAACUAGAACCAAUAUUAGUCUAGGUAUGCAAACAUAUAUAUGAUGUAUACACAGUUAAGGGUGAAAAUAAGUGAUGAUCCUCUAGGAUCACAUGGUUAUAGUUAACCUCUUUAUACUGCCACUUAUAUAAUUUGGCCACGUCAAAUCAAACCCCUUUUAUAAUGCCAAAACGUUUGCUGUCUAAUUGGUAUUGCUGAAAUGGGGAUUUACUAUAUGUUUAGAAAAUAUUCAUUGUGUAAAAGCUAGAAAUUUACAUUGAUUAAUAAUAUAAAAGGGAAAUGACUUUAACUGUGGUACUAUUUUCUCAAAACAUCUACCCACAGCAUUGCCGUUGUGUUAUAUAGUCACAACAAUUUUUAAAUACAUGUUGUAAAAUUGAAUUACCACAAAAGUAUAUGAUUUUAAUGUCAUUUUAGUUUUUUAUACCAUAAAAUCUUUUUAUAAUGUAGUAUUAUUAUCAUAUAUCCUACCAUUUAUUUUGAUUAUGUUUAAAUGUCUGUAGCCGUGUAGAGAUUAUUAUUUGAUUCUGCAUAGAUAAUUUUACACCAUGGAUGGAACAAUGCGAUAAAUCGUGUGGAUUUAAUCAUUAAUCAUAAUCCAUUAAAUAUAUUCUGGUACAAUUGUACCAGUAUUUUGUUUAUCUAGUUCAAAUUAAUUUGAUUGUUAUUCCAUUAGGAUAAGGUAUUUCAGUUUACCUCCACCUAAACGGAUAAGAGUGCUUGAUCAGUUAAAAUGUCUGACUCUAAAACCCAUAGUACAUUGUAAAGUGAUUAAGGUAAACAUUCACUGUGAUUAUUAAGUUAAGAAUGGUAUGUUUUCUGAAUCAACCCAUCAAGAUUAUCUUAACAAUGUUGGCCUCUCAAGAUAGAUACACAUACAAAACAUGUCAAUUUCACUUGGUAUGUGGACGAACUUGUUGCCAAUUACUCGUGUAAUACGUCAUAGAAUUUCACAAGUAAGACCUCAUUUAUUACUCUUGCUUAACAUGAACAUGAUGCCUUUAUAAGAGAAACCUGGAUAGAAUAUGUUAUAUAGGACACAAUGUGUGUUAUAUAAGACAUAAAUUAUGUCUUAUAUAAUAUACA